AUGAAUAAUUCUGAUAUCGAAUAACUUAUUGAAAACUACGAAGAUGAUCAAUAAGUUUAAAUGAAUCAGCCUACAACACUUGAUUUUAAUUAGGAUAGACAAGGCAUAGUGCCUGAGUAACAUCGAUUUUCCUCUACAAAAUUUAGAGAGAGAUUAUCAUCUAUUGAUCCUCUUAAUUGGGCAAAAAAUAUUAAGAUGCCUGAAAAUGACUAUUAUUCUUAUCCUUGUAGUUUGGAAUAGGCUGAGCUACAUAGAUAAUGUCAUUAUAUUCAACCAGAUUAAGACUUUUUAGAUAAAACAGAUGCUUAAGAAUGUCCUUGUUGCAAGUAUUAUGAUGUCAUUAAUUUUAGUAAACCAUUAAAUCGAAAACGUAUUAAUUUUCUUACAGUCAACAUGUGGUAAUUAUUAGUAUAGGAUUAUGGUAUAGCUGCCCCAUUAUAUUUUACUUUUUUAAAAUUCUAAAUGGUUUUAUUUGUCAUAAUAUUUUGUGUAUAUGGCAUUUUUUUCAUUAAUGAAGUUAAUUAAACUUGCAAUAAUUUUGACAAAUAGAUAUGUUUAAGUGAUCCUGAUUUGAUAAAUGAAUAUUAAAAUGCAUGCGAACUAAAUACUAUUUAUAUGUUUGUUGCUUUGGAUCCUUUUCUUUCUUAAAUUGAAUGUUCUGCUAAAAUUGAUAUUGAAUAAGGUGGAAGUGGAUUUAAAUUAACUUAUAUUCAAAUAGCAGCAUUUAUUAUUUUCUUAAUAAAUAUAAUGUUACCAUUAGAAUAUGAAAUAAUUAUCAGAUAUAAAUAAAUUAAAUAUUGGGAUAAAGAACCAGUUAAUCAUGUAACAGAAAAUAAAAAGUCUGUUUAUGUAAGACAUUUACCAUAUAAAAUGACAUCUGAAGAAAUACAAUAAACUAUUUGCACAGGUAUUGCCAUGAAUACUUUUGAUCAAGUGGCAAAAAAAUCAGUUUUGUUUUAGACUAAGAAUGUCAUUUAAGAAUUGGUUUAUAUAUAUGAUAUACAUGAAGUUAAUGAAAUGAAUAUAGAUAGAGAAAAUACUUUACUUGAUUUUAUGGUUACAUUAGAAUAGAUUAAAGAAUUAAAGGAAACAGGAAUGAUCACUACAUUUACUGAUAAGUAAAUAAAAACUUAUAAAACAUUUACAAUUGAAAUACUUGAAGAAUUAUUCAAAUAAUAAUUAAAUGAUAUAGUCUACAAGACAUAAAAAAUAAAAUCUUAUUUAAAAAAUGGACUACCUUUUACAAAUAAGGUUAUCAUCAAAUUUGAAACAACAGAAUAAAGGGAUGCCGCUUAUUUACAUUAUCGAAAGAAAUGGUAUUAGAAUGUAAAUUAUAAUAAAUAUAAAUUAGUUACUAAUUAGAUAUGAAGUGAUGAAAUAAUAGAAUAAAUUGAAAAAACUAUAAAAAAAAUAAAUUGCUGAUUCUUCUUCAUAUAUGGAUAGUCGAACAGUUUCAGUUGAUUAAUUACAAAUUCAAAAUGAAGAUGUAGAAAUACAAAAAGCAAGAAUAAGUUUGUUUAAUUAAAAUACUUAUUUGGCUAAAUAGUAAUCUGAUUAUAGUAAUAAAUAUGUUGAGUAAAUUCAUUAUUAAAUGGGAGUUAAGAGGGGAUUUAGUAUUAAUGGAAUUUUUUGGGAGAAUUUAGGUAUGGAUACUUUUAAAAGAUUAAAAUUCCGUUUAAAAGCCAUAUUUACUGCAGCUAUUGCAAGUUUUUUAUUAAUGGGAACUUUUGAAUUAAUUUAUUUUUAUUAAAAUAAUCCUAAUUAAAAAGAUAAGAAAUAAAAUGGAUAACUGUCUACUUGGGAAAAAGUUUUUGCUAAUUUCUUAGCUAUUUUAGUCACAUUUCUAUCUAGUUAUACAACAUUAACAAUAUUGGGAUAAAUGGCAAAGAGUAGAAGAAGUACAUUUAUUGAAGUUGAAGAAAGUAUAAUGCAUUUUUUUGUAAUCAUUUAAUAUUUUCUUAUUUAAUUUUUCCCUUAUUUUGCAACUUUUGAAAUUUGGGGAGGAAAAAACAAAAUUGUUGCUUGUUAUGAUUUAGUCACUUUAUCUCUUCAUAGAAUAAUAUUUAAACAAAUUUUUCAUACAUUUCAUAUAAGACAUACUAAAUUUUGGCUUAGAAAAAGGAAAGCAUUGAAAAAUUUCACUCCCAAAAAGUUUUUUUAAGGAUAAUUAAAUUAAAUUAUGACUCCUGCUUUUUUAUCAUAAAGAGGUAGAUAAUUUAAUAUGUUAUUUAUAUUAACAACAGCAUUAUGCUUGAUUUAUAUUUGUCCAGUUGCAGUGCUAUUUUGUCUUGCAUUUACAAUAUAUAUAUUCUUUUGGGAUAAAUAUGCUAUUACUCAUAAUUAUUAAAUUGAUAAAAGAUUUACUAUUGAUUUAUUUAGUCAUUAAAUUAAAUGCUAUUAAAUAGUUGUAUUACCAUUUAACAUUUAUUUAUUUCUAAGAUUAUUUUGGAGAUUUAAUUGGGUAAUUUAUGGGGCUUUUAGUGUAGGAUUAGUAAUGAUCAUUAUUAUAAUCUUUAAAAAAGAAAUUGUGAAGUUUAUUGUCUUUAAAGUUUGUAGAUUGAAAAAGAAAAGGCCCUAAGUUGAAUUUAGAGAAGAAUCCUUCUUUAAAAGUUAUAAUAAUUUUUUUUAAAGUAAAAGAUGAUAUCUAUAAUUUAAGGUUUAAGGAUUGAAUCAUUAACUGAAAUUUUAGUUAAUUCAUUUAAAAUGAAUGAAAACGAUUCCGCAAUAAGAACUGAAUGA